UGGAGCUCUCUUGGAGUCGCCUCCCGACAAACGUUUUCCCCCAUCUAUCUCAUCCGCAGUUCCCUUCACGCCCCGCCGUAACUCCCUUCCCUAGCUCCUCGCCAGCCAAGGCGCGUGCGCACGAGGCCCUACCAUUUCGGGGCAUCCCCCCGAGCGCUAAAUUCGUGCGUUCCAGCGCGCCUAGGCUAUGGGGUGUGCUCGUCCCGCGCUAGAGGCGCCGUUCCGGCCUGCCGACCCCAGAAACCCAAAGCACGCGGCGCACUCGCCGUCCUCAGCCCUAACCGCGGGGUCACUGCUGGCUUUUCCCUCCUUGAAUUCCCAUUCAUGGGUUUCGCUAGAGACCGCUGCGGCAGUGACGUCAGCGGGCCGCGCGAGCACCGUCCUCCUGGCUACGUCACUGCCAGUCCCUCGGUGGGGCCAGGCUCCAGUGCUCCCCUGGCAGAUGCGGCCCCGGGGCCAUCCCGAGCCCGAGGGGCGGAGAGGGGAGCCGAGGAUUCGGAAGUGAGAGGGGGACCCAGAGACAAAGGGAAAAAACCAAGACUGAGAAAGAAGUGAGAGCAUGGGUGAAAAGAAUGAGAAAGGAUGAUACUGAGAAGACAAAGGGAAAAAGUAGACUGCAUGCCCCUCUACCAAGUAUUGUUUGUUGACUUUCGAUUUUUCGAAAGCGAGAAAAGAUAAAGAGCUCUUGACCUGUUUUGUAAGCUAGAUAUGUAAUUUGAGUGUUCAUUUUGUCACAUUUCUCACUAAACGGUCAAAGCUUUCAGCAUCAACUGAUUGUUUCUAAUGCAUUCCAGCCUUUGGGAUUUCAGCCUGAACAACCUCUCCCCUGCUGGCAAAAUUAUUGCUUUGGUUCAGUUCUUAGGGCAUCCACCCUUCUACUGAUUUGAGAUGACUAGCCACUGACAAGGUGGAAGGCCUUUGAAAGCACUGCAUAACUUCCACUGAUGAUGAGAUCACGUACCAAAUGCACAUAAUCCGGUAAAUGAGCAAAAGUAGACCUUUUAUCAUCUUCCCAUGGCAUGUUUCUUUUCUCUUGCUAAAACUUUAUACCUCCUACGUGGAUAUUUUUCUACCUGUCUGCUUUCUACUAUUAAAAGAACUAUAACCUCCAA